AUGGACCCUCCUAAAACCCCCAUACAUGUGGCUCCAGACGUGGAAGUGUCCCUUCCCAACGAGCCGUUCCAAUCCAAUGACCUAGAACUUAAUCCGGAUUUAGACGAAGAAGAUGAAGAUACGCCGGGUCCUUCUCCGCAAACACAACUAUCCAAUCAUAAUAAUGACAAAGACGAAAAUGAAGACAUAGAUGGCGAUACUGACUAUGAUGUGGCCCUGUGGACGCUACCGUUUGAUCUGGCCUACGAGGUUCUACUAAAGCAGUUUAGUGACCACGCUGACCAGCCAGUGGUGACUGAAUCUCAACAGAGCAAAUUCAUCAAUUAUAUCGAUGGAGAAAUCUUGCAAGUACAGCGAAGAUUCAUCAAGAACCAAGCAGAAACAUCAGAAAUAUACCCUCUUGCUCAAUUGUUGCAAGACGUGGCCAAAAUACUAGAUCUUAUAUGGUACCUGAUCAACUCCAAGAACAAGCUUUACGGACAGGACGAAUAUUUCAUCAAAAUCACUGGCGACUUGGAGGACUGGAUGGCAUAUUAUCUGUUAGGAAUUGAAGGUCCUGGCCAGAAGGCUGAAUCAGAACUUUUCAAGUUCUUUAACUUCUUCAAGUCUCUCGAUACUCGGCUUUGCUUCUUGAUUGAUGGUUACCAUGUGGGGUUAUCGCUCACCAAAAUGAGUCUGACGGAAGUAGUACGGCUUGUUCCUAUAAUCUCUCGCUUGAGAUUCGAGAUUGUAUCUAAGUUUGACCAGUUGAGAGCCAAAUUGACCCAUCAAAAGUCCUUGGGAAAUUUGGAAGCCGAUGCGCUAUUAAACAAACUUGAUGUGGAGAUCGGAAGGCUCUUCGAAGGUAUUCUUGAGAGAACUUAA